UAUUUUUAAAAAUUAUUUAUAUCAAUUGUCAAUUCGCCGGUGAUUUUAUAAUUAUUUUUUAUAUUUAUCUGAUAGAAAUCAAAUGUAAUAUUUGAAUAAUAUAAUGGAUAGUAAUUUAGAAGCUAUUGCAACGACUGAGAAGUCUAGAAAAAUAAAUGUCAUUAGUAAAGAGACAGUUCAUCAUAUUUGUUCAGGCCAAGUGGUACUGGAUCUUGCUGUUGCAAUCAAAGAGCUUGUAGAAAAUAGCGUUGACAGUGGAGCUACGUGUGUUGAUGUAAAAUUAGUAGACUAUGGUAAAACGUCAAUCACUGUCAGUGACAAUGGCAGCGGUGUUUUGGAACAGGAUUUUGAAGGACUUGGAUUAAAGCAUCAUACAUCAAAACUUCGUGAGUUUACUGAUCUCCAAGAUGUAUCAACAUUUGGGUUUCGUGGCGAAGCAUUAAGUUCACUUUGUUCAUUGUCAGACGUAUCAAUAACAACAAAACAUUGUAAGAAUGAGCAUGCAUAUAAAUUACAAUUUGAUAGAAAUGGAAAACUGGAAAAACAAGAAGUCUGUGCACGUGAGACAGGAACGACAGUAUGCGUUAAAAAUAUAUUUAAAAGUCUUCCCGUCAGGAUAAAAGAGUUUGAAAAAAAUAUUAAACGUGAAUUUUCAAAAGCCAUACAAAUUUUAUAUGGAUAUUGUUUAGUAUCUACGGGAAUUAAAAUAACAUGUACUAAUAAAUUAGAUAAAAAACCAGAAAGUCUUAUCGUUGCAACAAAUGGAGCUGAUAAUGUUUUAGAUAACGCUUACUGUAUUUUUGGUAAAAAAAAUUUAAAUGGUAUCAGUCUAGUCGAUGUGGUACCACCAGAUCAAAGUAUCAAAGAAGAAUUUAAUUUACCAGAGGAUAUAAUUGUUGACUUUACAUGGGAAUUUUAUAUAAGUAGUUGCGAACACUCAAUGGGUCGGGGAACACCAGACCGACAAUUUUUUUUUGUCAAUGGCCGCCCUUGUAAUUUAACUAAAACAUCAAAAUUGAUAAAUAAUUUAUAUCAUAAAUAUAAUAAUAAACAGUAUCCAUUUGUUUAUUUAAAUUUGAAAUUAAACCAACAGUCAGCUGACGUAAAUGUCACACCAGAUAAGCGAACGAUCUUUUUAUUACAAGAAAAAUUAAUAUUUGCUACUAUUAAAAUGAGCUUGCAGAGUAAAUGGAGUAAAAUGCAGGGUAAUUUUAGUGAACAAACGUUAAACCAAUUACAGGUAUCAUUUAAACGUAAUUUUGUACGGAAAAGUUCUGUUUCUCCGCCGUCAAAAAAACCACUACUGUCAUCGAGUAACUCUAAUGAAUACGAUGAUGAUUUGAGUAGUGAACAAUGUAAUUAUGAUUUAAUUUUGAAUACAGGAGAAAAAAUAAAUAUUGAUAAAAUAGAAAAAUUACCGGAUAGAGAAAUAAAAAUAGAUUUGGAGACGAUAGUGAAGGCUGUUAAAUUAAAAAAUGAGUUGAAAGAAGAAAACGAUAAUAUAGAUUACAAAAUUAAAUUUCGAGCGGGAAUUGAUACGGCUAAAAAUGAUGACGCAGAGGAGGAACUAAAAAAACAAUUGACCAAAGAAAAUUUUACUCAGAUGGAAAUAAUUGGUCAAUUUAAUUUAGGCUUCAUAAUAACAAAAUUAGACGGUGAUAUUUUUAUCGUAGACCAGCACGCAAGUGAUGAAAAAUAUAGAUUCGAAAAAUUAAACAAUGAAACAAAAUUAAAAACCCAAAAAUUAGUAAUACCAAAGCCUUUGAAUUUGACAGCUGUCAACGAGACAAUAUUGCUUGACCACCAAGAUUUUUUUCACGCCAAUGGAUUUACUUUUGAAAUAUUUGAAAAUGAGCAAGUGGGUAAGCGAGUAAAAUUAGUGGGAAUGCCAGUAAGCGGUAAUUGGCAAUUUGGACAAACAGACAUUGAAGAAUUGAUAUUUUUAAUAAAAGAAGGCGACUCUGAAGGUAUAAAUAGUAAUCUUCUGAAAGGAAAAAUUUUACGUCCAACCCGAGUUCGUGACAUGCUGGCAUCAAGAGCUUGUCGGAGCGCAGUGAUGAUCGGUACAGCUUUAAAUACCUCUGAAAUGGAACGUUUACUAACACAAAUGAGUCAAAUGGAAAAUCCAUGGAACUGUCCACAUGGCAGACCCACCAUAAGACAUUUAUUAUCUCUGAAGCUCUUACAUAAUUCUUAA